GACUGCACUGCUUGCUUGCUAGGUCUUCAUAAAAAAUCUUGUCUUAUUUCUUGGAACAUGGGUUUUCUGUAGAGUGUCCCACUCCCAAUUUCAUCUACCCAAAGUCCUAAACAGAGUCUGCCCUUGAAAGAAACCCCCCAUUUCGUCAUCAUCCGUUCCUUUUCGACCUGUUGUUGCUGUUUUUAGGUCCCUGUUGUUUUCUUGAAUUUUCACCAAAUUCUGCUCUUUAGUCAUGAUCUUGUGCAGGAAAAGCACAAACCUUUAAGCGGUUUAACUUGCCCUCUCUGCGAAAAAUCUUAUCACUGGAUCAGUGAAAGUCUUCUCAGAUUCUUUCUUCUUUAGGGUUCUUUGGUUUUCCUUUUUAGCACUUUUUUUUAAAAUUUUUCAGAUGGAAAUCUUUUGAUGAAUUUCGGCAGAAAACUUUUCUCUCAAGUCCCAAACAAAAACCAGAUUACAAUCGUCGUCUGAAAACCCAGAUUGUCUUCUGAGUCUCAGUUUCUUUUUUUCCUUAUUUUGGGCUAAACCAAGUUUGCUUCAAGGAGAAGGGUUCUUCGUAAGAAGAAAAGGAACUUUCAGUAAAGUUCAAACGCAAUAUUCCCAUUUGAGGAGAGCAGGUUUUACCGCUCCCACCAUAACUUGAAACCAUUACUGGGUUUAGUGCUUUUUGUUGGCCUUCUCGUACAGUGAUUAUUCCGAAAUUUGAUCUUUUGGGAUAUUCUUCCUCUUCUUCCAAAAUGGGUUGUGUCCACGGAAAGUGCUGUGGCCGCUACCCAUCUUCAUCCGAUGGGGAUAUUCGAGAUUUUCGAGAUUCUGGUAUACGCAAGAGCCACAACCUACAUGUAUUUGGGAAUUAUCGAAACACACUCACUGAGAGGUCUUUAGAGUUUGCUCCUGUGCCUUCCCACAACUUCCAUUUAGAGUUCUCAGUCCUCACGCAACGAGGUUACUACCCAGACUCCCCUGAGAAAGAAAACCAAGAUAGUUUCUGCAUCAAAACCCAAGUCCAAGGUAACCCGGAUCUCCAUUUCUUUGGGGUCUUCGAUGGUCAUGGCCAGUUUGGCACCCAGUGUUCUAACUUUGUUAAGGAUAGACUGAUAGAGAUUCUCUCUGAGGAUCCCGCAUUGUUGGAAGAUCCUGUAAAGGCAUAUAAUUCUGCAGUCCUAACCACGAACUCCGAACUUCACAGUAGUGAGAUAGACGAUUCAAUGAGUGGUACCACUGCAAUUACAGUUCUUGUUUGUGGGGAUACCCUUUAUGUCGCAAAUGUGGGUGAUUCAAGGGCUGUAAUUGCUGUCAAGAGUGGAAAUCGGGUUGUCGCGGAGGACCUUUCUCGUGACCAGACACCAUUCAGGAAAGAUGAAUAUGAGAGGGUGAAGCUUUGUGGGGCGAGGGUUCUAACUGUUGAUCAGGUGGAGGGUUACAAGGAUCCUGAUAUUCAGAGCUGGGGGGAUGAAGAGAGUGCUGGUAAUGAUCCCCCAAGACUUUGGGUACAGAAUGGGAUGUAUCCUGGCACUGCAUUUUCAAGGAGCGUUGGUGAUAGUACAGCUGAGAAGAUUGGUGUGAUUGCUGCUCCUGAGGUUUCAGUUGUUCAGCUCACAUCUAAUCAUUUGUUCUUUGUAAUUGCUAGCGAUGGGGUAUUCGAGUUCCUCUCUAGCCAAGAGGUUGUCAAUAUGGUGGGGAGGUACACAGAUCCACGAGAUGCAUGUGCUGCCAUCGCUGGAGAAUCAUACAGGCUAUGGUUAGAACAUGAAAACAGAACAGAUGACAUCACAAUCAUUGUCGUACAUGUCAAGGAUUUAUCUAAUUCAGGUGCUGGCACUACUGAUGGAACUCAUGAAGUUAACAUGAAGACAAUAUCUGGGGGAUCAGAAAUGUACCGAUCAGUGAGAAGCAAUUUCACAGAAUCUCACUCAUAUCAGCUCAACUUUCCAACAGAGCGGAACCCUGCUUGUGUUGUUCCAUCUCCAACACAUUCCAGGUGCUUGGAAACGUGAAUCAAAGUAGAUGGACGUCAAGAAGUUUCUUCACUUCAUCCUGUUUCAUAUGCAUUUAAAGGAUAAAUGACAAGCAGGUUAUUGAUCUGGUGGCAGAAAUCAUUUGAUGCUGUGUUUGGCAUACCAUCAAAGAUCUGCGCAUGUACCUUAACCCAGACUAAAAUUUCAUGUUGCUCUGUGCAUUACAGACCACACUGAUCUUGUGGUUUCUGCUAUUCAAGAGUACCUAAAGGACUUGUAUAUACGGGAACAUGCUCAUCCAAUGUCAGAGGAGGGAAUAGAAAUUAGUUUGGGAAGCAUUGCAAAGCUUAUGCUGAAGGUUAUCUGUCUAGAGAAGACACUCAAGCUGGGGAUGUGGAUCACAAUAAUCUGGUAAGAAGAUAGAGAAGGUAGGUGUUGACAUGUUCUACUUUGCACUAAAUUUAGAAAGAACAUUAUUUAUGAGGUAGUGGAAAGUUCCAAUAUUAGUUCUAUUCAAAUUUCAGUCUACUCAUCAUCCAUGUAUCCAAUGCUAUUUGCAAUGUCAAAUAUGAUAAAACUGGGUCUCCAAAGUUCAAUUUCCUUCUCCAGCAAUGCUUUGACUUGGUUCCUAAUGCUUUAACUUGGCAUGAAUGUUGCCAUUUUCUAUUUUGUCAGAUAGAAUAUCAAGUUGCCCU